CAGUGUUUGGGAGGCAGUGCGUGACUCCAGCGUCUGAGAUUACCUCAGUCACUUGGCAAACUCGGAAUAACCAUUACUAUUAGAUUUGACCGGACUUUUCUUUUCCCUUUGCACCGUAGGCAGACGUCCAGAGGUGUACAGGGGGGGUCAGCGAUGGGUUUGAGCGGGUCUCUGCGGAGGGGACACGGGGAUUUAAAUGUCUCUCUUCGUCUUUAUCGCUCCUUUUCUUAGUGAAUGGCGCUCCACUGAACUGAGAGUUUUGCAUCACCGUGCUUAGGCGUUGGUGUCUGUAAACUAUACUGCUUUUCACACGCUCGUUACUCCUUUUUCUUUAGUUUUAAGUGAUAUAUUUUUGUUGGUGAUCGAUCCGAGGUGGCGAUCAGAAGAAGCGAGGGCUGACCACUGGAGUCGUCCCGAAAAUGGAGGUUGUGAUAGAGAAGGAAUGCAGCGCGCUCGGAGGACUCUUCCAAACUCUUAUCGCAGACAUGAAAAGCAGUUGCCCAAUUUGGGAGGACUUUAUCACCAAGGCUGGCAAACUACAGUCUCAACUCAGGGCGACUGUGGUUGCGGUGGCUGCCUUCCUGGAUGCCUUUCAGAAAGUGGCUGACUUGGCCACCAACUCAAGAGGUGGAACUAGAGACAUCGGGUCUGCCCUCACCAGAAUGUGUAUGAGACAUCGCAGCAUAGAGGCCAAACUCAAGCAUUUCUCCAUGGUGUUUAUGGAGGGUCUGGUUGGUCCUUUGCAAGAACAGAUGGAGGAGUGGAAAAGAGGAGUCAAUUCUUUGGACAAGGACCAUGCUAAAGAGUAUAAGAAAGCCCGCCAGGAAAUAAAGAAGAAGUCUUCAGACACACUUAAACUUCAGAAGAAAGCAAAGAAAGGUCGUGGAGAUUUUCAGCCUCAGUUGGACAGUGCGAUGCAGGAUGUCAGUGAUAAAUACAUUCUGCUCGAGGAGACGGAGAAGCAGGCUCUCAGAAGGGCUUUGAUUGAAGAGAGACAGAGGUUCUGUUUUUUUGUAGCCCUGCUCCAGCCUGUAGUGGACGAGGAAAUUUCGAUGUUGGGGGAGGUCAUGCACCUUCAGGCCAUUUCUGAUGACCUCAAAGCCUUGACCUCUGACCCACACAAACUCCCAGCCGCUAGCGAGCAGGUGAUUCUCGAUUUGAAGGGCUCAGACUUUAAUUGGUCCUAUCAGACUCCGCCUUCUUCUCCAAGUUCCACCGUGUCGCGAAAGUCCAGCAUGUGCAGUAGUCUGAACAGCGUUAACAGUAGUGACUCCAGGGGCUCUACUGGGUCCCACUCUCACUCUCCUUCCUCCUCUUCUUCCUCCUCUUCCUCACACCACCUUUUCCACCUCCAUCACCCGCGCAUCCGGUACCGCAGCUCCACGCUCCCCCAGCCGACCCCAGCGCGCCUCUCCAGUAUCUCCUCCCACGACUCAGGCUUCAUCUCCUCCUCACAUGACCAGUACACAUCCUCCAAGUCUUCAUCGCCCAUGCCAGCUGAAACAAAGCCCGUUCCAAGCUCCAGCUCCUCUGAGGUGUCAGAGACUGGACCCCUUCACAGUGACUUCCCCUCCGCUCUGAGCUCUGCUACUGACACUGAGCACACUGGCCAGCUGUCCAAUGGGUAUGACCACUGCAGCCCUGCAAGCUCCCCAUACUUGCACAGUAACGGAUCAGGCACUGCCUUUCCGUUUUACCCUCCGUCCUCCCCCACCUCUACCUCCUCCCCCUCUCGCUCAUGGUCCCGUCCCGCCUCCACCAUGCUGCCAGAAUACCCUCACUAUUGUACUCUGGGCUCCCCCAUGCUGCCAUCGUCCCGCGUGCCCAGCUGGAAGGACUGGGCAAAACCAGGGCCCUAUGAUCAGCCAAUGGUCAAUACUCUGAGAAGGAAGAAAGACAAAGAGGCUCCAUUUAUAGCAGACUCUAAUGGAACCCAGAGUGUGAACCACAGUGACAACAACUCUACACCCACCCUCAUGUCAGCACCUCCUUCUGCUCCAGUGGUGCAACAACCUCCAGAAGAGACCAUCAGGACACUGCCUUCACAACUCAAGUCUGGAGAUUUCCUGCCACAUGAGGAACUUGCGAUGGCCUUAUCACGAGGUCUAGAGCUGGACACCCAGAGGUCCAGUCGAGACUCCAUCCAGUGCUCCAGUGGGUACAGCACCCAGACCAACACGCCCUGCUGCUCUGAGGAUACAAUACCUUCACAAGUUUCAGAUUAUGACUAUUUCUCAAUGGCUGGGGACCAAGAAGCUGAGCAGGCUGACUAUGACAAAUCUUCUACUAUCCCGAGGAACAGUGACAUUGGCCAGUCUUACAGGCGCAUGUUCCAGACGAAGCGUCCCGCUUCUACAGCUGGUCUGCCCAGCACACAGGCUCCUUACCCAGCCCAAGGAAGCUAUCCUCCUACACCCAUGCACUCAGGCCAUUAUCAAUCCAAUGGGACCUAUCCAUCAACACCCACAGCUUCUUCAAAUCAGGGCUAUUACUCUGGCUCUAGUACCCUUAAUGGCACAUACUCUUCUGGCCACGGUCCUGUUAUCGUCACCCCGGGGGUUGCCACAAUCCGCCGAACUCCGUCUUCAAAACCCUCGGCUCGGCGCUCUGCUUCUGUAGCCGGCACUGGCCCUAUUCCCAUCCGCACGCCGGUUGUCCCAGUGAAAAUCCCCACAGUACCGGACAUGACAGCCACUGUCAAUGGCAACAGAGGCGCUGCGGACAUGGACAGAGGGCAAGGAGAUGAGAGCCCUGAUUAUCCGAUGUAUGCUGGAGAGGAGGUGAACCCUCUUCAGAUGGUAUCUUGGAGCGGCCAGGCAUCCACCAAUCCCCCUACCACAGCUUUGGCCAACCAUCAUCACAUGCAGAACCACCCAGGACCAGAGGAGGGAGCAGGAGAGCUGAUGGGAGAGUCAGGAGAAAAUGAGGGCAACAUGCUUGUUGCUAUUCGUAAAGGUGUCAAACUCAAGCGAACUCUGACAAAUGACCGCUCAGCGCCUCGCAUUGCCUAAAUUCAUCAAUCAGAAAUCAAGUGACCUGUUUGAGAAGUGAACUCUUAUUCCGUUCAUUGUUAUGAGGGGUCAGGUUAAAGGUUUCAGAUUAUAUAUUUAGAUGUGAAGACUGAGUUUGACUUUUGUAAAUAUUCAAAUGUUUAUUUACCUAUAGAAUGAAGAAGGAUUACUUUUUCACAUGACUAGAUACACAAAAAAAUCAAAUAUUUCAAAUAGUCGCAAACACAUGCGUUUGUAGAAAGCUGUGAGCAAUAAAAGGACACUAAAACCAUAGACCACUGUAGCAGAAUGACACAAUUUACUUUUUAUUUAUGAUUUAUUUUUCUGUAGCCACUUGUCAAGGGAUUUUUCCUUUUCACUUUAAAGUAUGGAGUAUAUGUACACAAACAUAUGUUAACUCUCAUUGCUGACAAAGUGUACCGUCACUGAGACAAAUGAAAUUAUUGUCCUCCUGCUGUCACUGAGGACAGUAACUGGGGCAGCCAGAACACAAAGUGAUAAUUGUAUGGCAGAUUUGCAGGAGUACUAGAUGUGGGAGGCGCCUUGGACUUCUGGCAGCUCACCCAAUUUGAACUGAUGUUUUUGGGAUGGCUGUGAAAAAGCCUUGUUCAAUGUCAGCAGUUGGAGCCCGUCACAAGUGUGGGCGUAAAGAGCCGGAGUUAUCAAGUGAUACUACUCAUCAUAAUUACAACAAAAAUGAGACAGUGUGCCUCUGUUUCACACCACUGACACCUUUUGUUUAUGUUAUUGUUUCGUUUAAAUUUUGUAAAUAAUUUUGCAUGUUUCUGUCUGUGGAGUAUAUGGAUGCUCCUACUGUCCCUUGAGUGCCAUUUAAUCUAUUUUGCUAAAUGCUCCAUACAUCACAACAAGUCUAUGAUCACAGCUCUCUAUGAUUGUUAUGUUAUCCCUAAACACUAAAUUCAGUUUGCAUUCUACACGCUAAAAGAAAAAUGCAGCGUAGCUUAUGUCAAGAACACAGAAAUAAGCUGCAUUUUGUUUAUGUUAUACAUUUUUAUCAAUGUAUGUAGCAUGAAUUUUGAGUUAUUUUUUUCUCAGAAACCACUCUUGUUUAUUCAAAAGGAUGAGUACCAAAAAGGUACUCAAAAACAAGGCAAUUAUAUUAUUGUUUGUAUUCAUGGGAGUUAAUAAUUCUAACUUGUGACAGACAGAUU